UUAGAAUCAUUCUCGAACGAUGAAGUUCUAUCAUGGUCAAUCCAGCUAAGUAUGGAUGAAAUUGAGAAUUGCUUAAUAAACAAUAAGGACACUCUUGUACGACUUGUUGACGAGAAUGCAGCGUUAAAACGUCAAAUUCAAAUUUUGCAGAAUCAGUUGACAAAUGGAGAAUGGCUGAGCAAAACCUGUAACCUGCUACCAGAACUACAAAAACGCAUCGAAGACAUGAACAAAAAGCAGUAGAAAUAUUGUCGUCAUCAUUGUUAAUAAAUAAUGACUGUUUUGUUAUUAGAACGCAACCACAUAUUCGGUGUGAUUGUUGGAUGUCGCUGGCAACAGCGCUCCAGUCUGUCAAUAAAUCAUUUCCUACUUAAAAAAACUGGAACUAUUUUGAUAAAUUCAUGAUUACUGUGCCAAAUUCGAGUGCCCUUUGCCCGCCGUCCAUCAGGAUACGUGCAAAUCGUGUGCAAAUUGCUGUAAACUACGAAAAAUUCAAUGCGCUCUGCCACGGCUGCCGACCUAACCUCGAAAAGUCAUCAACAAUAACAUGAAUGUGGAAGAAAAUCGGCUACAGACGUUCGCCGACUGGCCUAGCGACGCACAGGUGAACCCCAUACGCAUUGCCAAGGCGGGCUUCUUCUACACUAAGGCGAACAUCACGGUAGAGUGCUUUGCAUGUCACCUAAGAAUAUGGGAAUGGUCAUAUGGUGACCAAGCAAUGGCCAAACACCAACAACUCAGCCCUGAGUGCCCCUUUGUCAAGGAUCCUUCCACUUCAGGCAAUGUUCCAAACAUAUCAAUGCCUACCAACAGUCAAACAAAUGAACCAAGAGAAGAUUUACUGGAUGAGGCUGCAAGACUUCGAACUUUUGCAACUUGGCCUGCAACUAACAUUGUCACACCUGAAAGUCUUGCACGAGCUGGCUUCUUUUACUUAAGACAUAACGACCUUACAAAAUGCGCCUUCUGUGGUGGUAUUGUAGGUACCUGGGAGCCAGGAGAUGAUCCCGACCGAGAACACACCCGCCACUUUCCUGACUGUGCGUUUGUUGUGAGUACGAUAGAACCCCGCCUGGAGGGUAGUUCAUCAGGUUCGAUGCAGGAUCUAGCAAAUAGGAGCAAUUUACCAAAUAUAAAUUUAGUUAGAGACGGAAAUUUGGCGGCGUUGGGAGUAAAUACUCAUAAGGGGCCGAAGAAACCAAAGUACGGCACAAUGGAGGCGCGAUUGACGACAUUUGCGAACUGGCCUAGCGACCUGGUGCAAACACCAGAACAGCUAGCACAGUCAGGCUUUUAUUACGAGGGCUCCGGCGACCAGGUGCGGUGUUUUCACUGCGACGGUGGCUUAAAACAUUGGGAUCCACACGACGAACCAUGGACGGAACAUGCGAGAUGGUUUCCGCACUGCGGAUUUGUGGCCCUGCUCAAAGGACAAGAUUUUAUUACUGCAUGUGCGCCUGAAUUAGAUGCCGCAAGUGUUAAGGAAUUGCAAGCAGCAUCGCGUAGGACGGCUCAACACAGAAAAGAAAUCACAGAGCGAGAUGUCCAGACGCAUAUGCUGUCCGCCCCGGCACGCGCCGCCCUCGACGUCGGCCUGCAGGUGGACCGUGUAAAACAAGCCAUCCGCGAUAAACUAGAACGUACAGGCGCCGGCUUCUCCACCGGCGAUGCGCUCAUUGAAGCCACCUUGAAUCUCCAGCGUGACGAAGAUGAGAACGGCGACGAUCAUAUAUCGCGCAGUGUGACCAAUAUGCUCAACGACGUCAUCUCCAGCCUUAACGAGCCGGGAACCCCGACGAAAUCAACAGCAAAACCUCAAACAUCUAUACCGCAACCGCAGGUUAGAAAAACAUCACCAGAUGGACAGCUGCCGGCGGACGCAAGACCCACCCGCAAAUUAUCCUUAGAAGAAGAGAAUAGAUUAUUGAAAGAGGCGAGGUUGUGUAAAAUUUGUAUGGAUUGCGAGGUGGGGAUUGUUUUUUUACCAUGCGGACACCUUGCCACAUGUAUCAAUUGCGCACCAAAUCUGCAGGAUUGUCCUGUUUGUCGAAGCGCUAUCAAAGCCACAGUCAGGACGUUUCUAUCCUAAUAAUUGUCAGACAAAUCAACUCGAAAAAAGUGUGUUAAAAAUAAAUCGCCGAGGAAAUUCAAUUAGAAACCUAGAUUAAUGGCAAUGAUGAUCUACUAUUGAAGUAGUGUAUGUGUCAAAUAGCCAAAUUUAUCAAAAAAUUGAUAUGAUAGAGUAUUUAAUAUUUGACGGUCAAAUAAUUGUGUUUUUGAUUCUGAUUGAAAUGAAUUCAAAUGAUGAAAUUCUGCAUGUAUUUUAACAUUUACAUCACCUCACUCAUCACUGGGUCAUUUACGGCGUGAUAACAUUCACACUAUCAUUCUAAUUAUUAGAAAUUCUACACCAAGUCCUACAUUAUAUUCUAUGUACAAUUUGUUGCUUAUUGAUUAACUUAUGAGUGUAUACUUUUAUUAUUUAUUAUAGUCUGAUUAAAUAAAAUUGUCAAACUAUGGCUGUAAAAA